CGGGGUCACAGGUCUCCCCGUAAAAAUCAAAAUAGCUAACCAUCCAUUGCUGUGACAGUAUCGUCUUUUGCCCAGACCGCUUUUAACUUCAUAAAUCUUCUAUGUGUGCUUUUUAACAGUAAGAGUGUAAGCGUUUUUAUCAAUUAACGUAUAUUUCUGAACUGUAGCUAAAACUGAGAAGAGUAAUUGAUACAGCUCGUUGAGUAUCCAGUGCUAGCUAAGGUUCUGUUUUGGUAGCUUUGGUAGCUACAUUUACAUACCGUCUGUUAUAGCUGGCUGGCUAAUAUUUCAGGAGUUGUUAUUGGAUACACUUCAUUGUAAAUCCUCCACAACACAUCAGAAUUGUUAAAUAGCAUGUAUUAAGUCGUGAUACGAGUCAAUAUCUGGGUAUGAAAUGUUAGCAAAUUAUCAGUAGCAAAUAAUUAAAACAUGGAGCAUCGCCGCGGUAAAACACGGCACUCGGACGCUCCUCGAAGCGGUAACGGCGCCCCGUAUCAGCAUAAAAGAGACAGAGACGCUGAGGGUUGUGCUUCUAAACGUUUUCGACCAGGUGGUCAAACAUUUUGUUCAGUUCCCCAGUCCCUGAGUACACGGAGACAGCUGUACGAGCGCGACUUUCCAGUAUACAAACAGCCUGUGGAAGUUGGAUUCUUUUCUCUGGAUUCAGAGCGUAACUUUUUCAGCGACUCUAGACAGCUCCGGUAUUACUCUGACCCCGGUAAAAGCCCUAAUCUCAACCUGAGGGACGGUUACCGCGACCGCUUUAUAAAAAGGGAUGAAAGUGUGAAAGAGAGGCUUGACCAUUUAUUACGGUGGAUUCUGGAGAACAGAGCCAAACUCCACUCAAGAAAUGCUGCCACAUCAUCAGCCUGUGCUCUAGGUGUAGACUUUGUGACAUGGCGAGGCCACUUAACCAAGCUGUUGACCACUCCAUAUGAGACCCAGGAGGGAUGGCUGCUGGCCGUGUCGAGAUUCAGUGGCACUCUUUACAUGAGUGAAGUGGAGACGGAGGCUGCCCAAGUGAACAGAGAGAACCGCACGGAGAGGCAUGAGGAGAUGAUGUACUGGGGUUAUAAGUUUGAGCAGUAUGUCUGUGCAGAUGAUGUGCAUAGUGUUCCAGAUGGAAGUGGAGUGGUCAACACUAAUGAGGCUUUCUGCACUGUGGUCCAGACUCGUCUGGCUGAUCAUAAGCUGCUUUUCUCUGGGGAGGUGGACUGUCAGGACAAAGACCCCAAAUCUCCUCCAGCUCCAGCCUGCUACGUUGAGCUCAAAACCUCUGCUGAAAUCUGUACCCCAAAACAGCGCAGUAACUUCCACAGAUACAAGCUGCUCAAAUGGUGGGCACAGUCGUUUCUUCCUGGAGUUCCACGAAUAGUCGCUGGCUUUCGAGAUCAGGAUGGAGUAGUAGUUUCCGUAGAGACGUUCCACAUCUCCAAAAUAUCCCAGCUCAUCAAGAAUGAGUACAACUGCUGGAAGCCGACAGUCUGCAUGAACUUCUGCAGUGAUUUCCUGUCCUUUGUGAAAUCUGUUGUAAAGGAAGACAACCCAAGAUUGGUGUACCUGUUUGCUUGGGAACCACACAGAGAUGUGACAUUCUCUGCUCACAGAGACUCUGAAUAUACAUUCCUGCCAGACUGGUAUGUUAAGGAAAUAGCAAGUCACCGCGCUCCAGAGACACGCCACUAACCUAACCCUGAAAAUGAACUGUUAUCUGUACAUAUUUAACUGCUGAAGCUGGUUGUGCCUUCCUGUGGGUCAGCUAGUUUCUUAUCAAUGGAUUGAAUGACGCUGACCCUGUGAUGUGUAAUUGUAUACCAAUACUGUGGUACAAUUUUACCACCCAAUUCGAAGUUGUUUGGUAAUGCAAUGUCCAAAAUACACAGUAGUCUCCUUCACACAGCCAGGCAUAAUUUUUAAUUCUUCAUGGACACUUUUAGGUCUUGGAGGUGACUUGACCGCUGUUGAGAUGAAUAUUUGUGAGAUCUGUUUUAUGGAUUAAGGUGGGGAGACUAAGUUACAUUAAGAAAUGCGAUCAGGACUUGUUCACUGUGGUCUGGCUGUCAGUGACAAGCAGUUGCAAAAUAAGUGGUUUACUUUUUUAAAAGUUUGUCUCAUUGUCUCUUGUUUAAGAUUUCUAUGUAUGCUGUUAUCAAAGUUACAUUAAUAUGAUCAAAAAUCAUUUAAAGGGCCUAUAUCAUCGAAAAACAAAGUGUUUACAUCUUCACAAAUGUUUGACAUAGGAUGUAAGGAUUGUUGCUGCAAAAACAGCCUGUUUUGAAUUCUUUGUUUUUUUAAUGUCACAAAAAGCAACAUUUACAUAUAUUCCCCCUAUUCAGCUUAUAGCAGUUUAGCCCCACCUAUUUACUCUGAAGUUACAGGGAGGAAUGAUGCAUUCAAGCCAUAUCAGUCUUACAGGCACAGUAACAAAAACAUCCUGUUUAAUUCUAAGGGAUGAAGAAAUUUUGGAAAAUGGUCAUGUAAAAAUGAAUUAUGACUGAUUUUGGUACAUAACCUCAUAGAAACCUCAUACCUGGACCUCAGAGAUGUAGGGUAUGGGCCCUUUAAAGCCUCAAACAUAAACUAUCCAAGAAAACAAAGCAAUAAACACUUAAGUCUCUCUUGCAUUCAUGAAUUGUACUAAGCUCAGUGUAAAUAAACCAUUUGUCUGUUGUAA